UUGAAAUUGUUUAAUAAUAUAAACUGAUUUUUUCUUCUUCUUCUUCUCACAAUUUCCCCUGUUUUUUGUCUACUUGUUAACAGGGAAAAUUAACUCCAUGAAUGCUUUAAAGCUCUUUUUAAGUGCAGCAGCACUUGCAAUAAUGGCUGUUCUAUUGACUUUAAGCUCCAAAAAUGUUUACAGUCCACCUUCAAUACCAGGAUCCAAAGAUCUCUUAUCGAAAUCUGAAGUAAUACAUCUGAAAGGAGCAGUUGGGCCGGAGAGUAUUGCGUUUGACCCGAACGGAGAAGGUCCAUACACCGGCGUUGCUGAUGGCCGGAUUCUUAAGUGGAAUGGAGAUUCUGACGGUUGGGUUGAUUUUGCUGUCACUUCGUCUCAAAGGAAGGAAUGUGUGCACCCUUUUGCUCCCCAAAUGGAGCACGUAUGCGGAAGACCGCUGGGCUUACGAUUUGAUACAAGAACCGGAGACCUCUACAUUGCUGAUGCCUAUUUAGGACUUCACGUUGUGGGUCCAUCUGGUGGAUUAGCUACCCCACUCGUCACAGAAGUUGAAGGCCAGCCUCUGCGCUUCACAAAUGACCUCGACAUCGAUGAGCAAGAAGAUGUAAUUUACUUCACAGAUACCAGCACACAAUUCCAGAGGAGGCAAUUUGUUGCAUCUGUUGUAAGUGGAGACAAGACAGGCCGGCUGAUGAAAUACGACAAAUCAACCAAAUCAGUGACAGUUUUACUACGAGGCCUUGCUUUUGCCAACGGUGUAGCCUUGAGCAAAGACAAGUCCUUUGUACUAGUAGCUGAAACUAGUACCUGUAGAGUAGUAAGGCAUUGGCUUAAAGGCCCUCAUGCAGGAAAACACGAUACAUUUGCUGAUCUACCAGGAUAUCCAGACAACAUCAGAAGAAACUCGAGAGGGGAGUUUUGGGUCGGUUUGCAUUCAAAAAGAUCGCUGCUUGCAAAAUUAGUCACAUCCUAUUCAUGGUUCGGAAAGACAACACUAAAACUUCCAUUCACCUUCCAGCAACUGCAUUUCUUGUUAGUUGGAGGACAGCCUCAUGCAACUGCAAUUAAGCUAAGCGAGGACGGGCAAGUUUUGGAUGUUCUAGAAGACCUCGAGAGCAAGACGUUGAAGUUCAUAAGCGAGGUUGAGGAGAAGAACGGCAAGCUGUGGAUUGGUUCUGUACUGGUGCCUUUUGUUGGAGUUCAUGAAUUGUCUUAAAAGUUGCAGUAUCCUAAAUAGGUUAGCUCAACUUUUGGUGAUGAAUAAGUUUUUAACUUAGAGCCAAGAGUUUGUCGGAAACGAUGUUUCUGCUUUCACUAGGUAGGGUAACGCUAUGUAAACCCAUCAUGGUCACACCCUACUUGUCGGAUUACACUGGAUAUGUUAUUGUCGGAUUACACUGGAUAUGUUAUUGUUGUUUCUGGUGAUAAAACUUUCUUUAAGUAAACUAUUUGUGACUUCCUCAGAUUCCUCUGUAGUGGCCUGACUAAGUUUUAACUUUGAAUUAGAGUUAUUUAAUGUACCUAUAUUCUUAAUUAUCCCG